CGGCGGCCUCGGUCCCACCCCGGUGCGGGGAGGCCGGGGCCGAGCCGAGGUUUCCGUCCCGGCGGCCGCUGGCCCUGCCUCCUCCCCGCUCCCACAUCUGCAGCUGGAAUUGCAAUUUGAACCGCUGCCGGGGCUGGGCCGGGCGGGAGCGGGGAGCGGAGGAAGGCGCUUCGGGAAGCCAGAGCGAAGCGCAGGGCGGCGGGGCCGGGCACGGGCAGGCGGGGGCUGGAGCUGCUGGGCAUCGCCAGCGGCCGUGGGCAGGAGGGCAUCGACAGCAGCACCCAGGGUACCGGCAGCACCGAGGGUACCGGCAGCAGGAGCCGCAGGAGCAGCUGGAGCGAGAAGGCGGUGGCUGGCCCAGGGGUCCCCCCGCUGCCCCCGCCGCAGAGCCGGGAAGGCGAGGCCGCGAUGGCGACGCUGCUGGAGCCCGGCGUGCGCGGCCUGCGCGUGGGUGCCAACGGCGAGCAGUGCCCCACGCCGUCCCCCCCUGGCUCCCCAGGGACGCACCACGACAGCUGCAGCAUCGCCCCGCUGACGCCCUCCCAGUCCCCGAGGAGCGAGGCGCGCUCCCAGCAGAGCCCCUCCUUCGCCGUCGUGGUGGCCAUCGACUUCGGCACCACGUCCAGCGGCUACGCCUUCAGCUUCUGCAGCGACCCCGAGGCCAUCCACAUGAUGAGGAAAUGGGAAGGAGGGGACCCGGGGGUGGCCAACCAGAAGACCCCCACCAGCCUGCUGCUGACGCCGGAGGGCAGCUUCCACAGCUUCGGCUACACCGCCAGGGACUACUACCACGACCUCGACCCCGAGGAGGCCCGCGACUGGCUCUACUUUGAGAAGUUUAAGAUGAAGAUCCACAGCACCAGCGACCUCACCAUGAAAACUGAGCUGGAAGCUGUGAACGGGAAGAAAAUGCAAGCCCUGGAGGUGUUCGCCCACGCGCUCCGCUUCUUCAAGCAGCACGCCGUGCAGGAGCUGAAGGACCAGUGCCCGUCGCUGCCGGAGAGGGACGCCAUCCGCUGGGUGAUCACCGUGCCGGCCAUCUGGAAGCAGCCGGCCAAGCAGUUCAUGCGGGAGGCUGCCUACAAGGCCGGGCUGGUGUCCCCGGAGACCCCGGAGCAGCUGCUGAUCGCGCUGGAGCCCGAGGCCGCCUCCAUUUACUGCAGGAAGCUCCGGCUGCACCAGCUGAUCGAGCUGAGCUGCAAGCCCCAGCCCAACGGGCUGGCCCCCGACCACGCCAUCGACUCCAGCUUCAGGCAGGCCCGCGAGCAGCUCCGGCGGUCCCGCCACAGCCGCACCUUCCUGGUGGAGUCGGGCAUCGGGGAGCUCUGGUCCGAGAUGCAGGCAGGUGACCGGUACAUCGUGGCGGACUGCGGCGGCGGCACGGUGGACCUGACCGUGCACCAGAUCGAGAAGCCGCAGGGGACCCUGAAGGAGCUGUACAAAGCCUCAGGGGGUCCCUACGGCGCCGUGGGGGUGGACCUGGCCUUCGAGCGGCUGCUGUGCCACAUCUUCGGGGAGGAUUUCAUCGCCACCUUCAAGGCCAAGCGCCCGGCCGCCUGGGUGGACCUGACCAUCGCCUUCGAGGCGCGCAAGCGAGCGGCGGCCCCGUCCCGCGCCAGCCCCCUCAACAUCUCCCUGCCCUUCUCCUUCAUCGACUUCUACCGCAAGCACCGGGGCCAGAACGUGGAGACGGCCCUCAAGAAGAGCAACGUGAACUUCGUCAAGUGGUCGUCCCAGGGGAUGCUGCGCAUGUCCCCAGAGGCCAUGAGCGAGCUCUUCCAGCCCACCAUCACCCAGAUCAUCAAGCACAUCGACGCCCUCCUGAAGAAGCCCGAAGUGCAAGGCAUCAAGUUCCUGUUCCUGGUGGGCGGCUUCGCGGAGUCGGCCAUGCUGCAGCACGCCGUGCAGGCUGCCUUCGGCCCCGUGUGCCGCGUCAUCAUCCCCCAGGACGUGGGGCUGACCAUCCUCAAGGGGGCCGUGCUCUUCGGCCUCGACCCCACCAUCGUCCGCGUGCGGCGCUCCCCCCUGACCUACGGCGUGGGGGUGCUCAACAAGUUCGUGGAGGGGAAGCACCCGCGGGAGAAGCUGCUGGUGAAGGAGGGCAAGAACUGGUGCACGGACAUCUUCGAGAAGUUCGUCUCCGUCGACCAGUCGGUGGCGCUGGGCGAGGUGGUGCAGCGCAGCUACUGCCCGGCCCGCGCCGGCCAGCGCAAGACCAUCAUCAACAUCUACUGCAGCGCCACGGACGACGUGGUCUACAUCACCGACCCCGGCGUGCGCAAGUGCGGCACCAUCAGCCUGGAGCUGCCGGAGCUGGGCGAUGCCGGCAGCCCCCCGCGCGCCCGCCGCGAGAUCCGCGCCGCCAUGCAGUUCGGGGACACGGAGAUCAAGGUCACCGCCAUGGACAUCCGCACCUCCAAGACGGUCCGGGCCACCAUCGACUUCCUCUCCAACUGACGCGCCCGGCGGGGCCGGGACCGGGCCGGGGGGGGCCCCGGCAGCUGCCUCCGUGCGGUGCCAGCCCCGGGGGCACCCUGGGGCGCUGGGACCCAAGCGCUCACCCCUCACCAUGCCACGAGGCUGCUGCCACCCCACGUUUCACAGGGCGCCCUGAAGCUGUGCAUCACUGCUGUGGGCAGCCAGCACCGCUCACAGAAAGGGCUCGGGGUCCAAAUUCAGAAAGCAUAAAACCAGCCCUGGUGGGGCCACGCGGGCAGCACUGCCCCCGGCACCCGGGGAGGGGUCUCAGGCUGCCCCCCCCCCACGGCUGGAGCCCACAGAGAACACAAGCACGCAUGCUUCCCAUGCCCCCGAAUUUCUGGGUUUCACAUACUGCUCAGCACUGCGGGUGCGUGCUGAGCCCUGGGGACACAGAGCGUGCGGGAAGGAGCCCUGCACCCAGCCCGGGGCUGCCUGGAAAUGCCUGCCCCCCCCGCCCCGCACCACCAUCCCCUGGCUGCUCACACACCAACAAAUACAUCCUCACCCCCCCGGGGAGUCUGAAAGCUGCAGGGAAGGGCCAGGGUGCCCCCCCCCCUCCGUGGGUUUUAAUCGCAUUUGGGAGAGAAAAUUGCCUGUGAGGGGGCAGCGGGGGGAAGGGAGCUGCUGGCAGCAGCCAGCCCCGAAGCCCUGGGGGGUUUAACACAGACAAGCUGAGCUCUGGCAUGUUUUCAACUGACAUUUAUUAUUUACCUCUAUAGAUUAUUUUUUUUGUACUUAAAAACCCACA